AUGGGCACCACAAGGACGCUGUUCGUCACCCUGAUCCGCACGCACCACGUCACCAGCCGCAAGAAGCUCCAGCGCGUCAAGAAGGCGGCCGCGCACUUUGGCGUCCCGUUCGUGCUGGUGCGCUACGGCGGCUCGCCGGGCCUCAUGUACGCCGAGAGCCCAGAGGGCUCAUGCCUGGGGUCGUGGGUCAGCGCCGUCAAGGACCUGCGGUACAAGGAUUUCCAGUGCGUCUGGAAGCCUGAGGCGAGGCAGUUGGACGAUGGCCCGGCGAUGACUCCGAUGCCUGCUGGUGCUUUCAAUGAGACCGAUUCGGUGUCUUCUUUUGGCCAGGUCAUGGACCAUAAAGGUCUGGGCGAGUGGUUCAAGAUUGGCCUGCUGAGCAAGCGGGCUGGUCAAUUUGACGGGGACGGUUGA